AUGAAGUUUGACACAAAAAUUUACCAUCCAAACAUCUCCUCUCAAACAGGAGCUAUUUGUCUCGACAUUUUGAAAGAUCAAUGGUCUCCCGUGUAUACCGUAAAGUCUGCAUUGAUUAGCUUACAGUCUCUUUUGUGCACCCCGGAACCCUCAAAUCCUCAAGAUGCACAGGUAGCCCAAGUGUACAUUCAAAACUACGACCAAUUCAUUCAAACUGCUAGAGAAUGGGUUAGACUUUAUGCACAACCUCCUGCAUUUAUCGAUGUGGAAGAGGCGAGCGACAGUUACAAUGGGAUUGAUCCAAAGGUUGUUCAAAGCUUGCAGAAUUUUGGCUUUGAUCAGGAUGUGAUUGUCCGUGCUUUGUCUAAAGAAAACAUAAAAUCACAAGAGGAUGUAGACAAUCACCCAAACGGAAUCAAUGGAAUUUUGGAUUUGCUUUUGCACUAA